AUGGAAAACAAAUUAAUCCCCCAAUCAGAGUCUUCUUUAGGGGUUUUUGGAGUAAUCAGGGAGUCUUUCAAGACCACUAGCAGAAAUGGGAAGCGGCUUUUUUCAAUCCUACUCCUUGUGUUUCUUUCAUAUUCCCAAGUAGAUUUUCUUCAGGAGUAUACACUUGCACCUGUUACCAAUUAUUUCAUGUGGCAGUUGGCUAAUCACCCAAACAUAGUUCAUGAUCUCUUGUAUAAUUUCGAUCAAACUAGUUAUGCGGUUGAUACAUUCAAGGCCUUACGCGAGUUAGUCCUCCUUAAACUUUGUAUCAUUGAGAUCUCUUCCAUUAUCACACUUAUUUUCUUGGUUGCCACCGUUUGUUCUUCGUAUGAAGCUUACACUGCUAAAGUGUUAGGCACAAAAGACCUUAUCUUGAAAAUUUUCAACAGUUGGAACAGAUCUCUAUUAACAAGCUUUUACUUGGGGUUGCUCUCUUUGGGCACAACUUUUUUUUAUGCAAUUGUUAUUGUUAUAACCUCCCUCUUGCCAGUAAAUUCGGGGGCACUUCUGUUUUUAGGAGUUAUCGCUCUCUCGAUCCCCAUUUGCUACAUUUACAUGGCUACCGUUUGGAUGGUAAGUUUGAUAGUUUCGGUUUUGGAAGAAGGUUCUAGCGGUCUUACAGCAAUUGGGAGGGCUGCAGUGCUAAUGAAAGACAAAAGGCUACAAGCCUCACUAAUGAUGGUUCUUUUCGUUCUUGCCGAUAGAUAUGUUGUUCUUGUCGCUAAGGUCCUUGCAAGCUAUGGCGGGAGCUUGAGCAUUGAGUUAGUUACAUCCAUUCCUUUCACAAAUGGAUUCGAUUGCUUGUUGAAACUCUUUAUGUUUGUGGUGUACACUGUUUUCUACCAUGAAUGGAAAACAAGCCAUGAUGAGAAGGAAGGAAAGGGCUUUUAUCUUCCCAUUGUUAAUGUUAAAGCUUAG